UUAACAUGGAAGUUGUAAUGUUUGGAAGCUUGUGAUAAGAUGGAGCUAAUAUUUUCAUAAUAGAAAAAGGUAAAACUGGAACUUAGUAAACAUGGUUGAACAAGGAAAUAAACAAGUAAGGGUGGACAACUGGGGGACUUUUUUCCUCCAGCGUCUUCAAGUGUUUUUUGCUAAAACAGAUUAUUGUGAUUUGACCCUACAAUUUGAUGGCAAUGUCCAAUUAAAAGUACAUAGACUGGUUAUGAAUGCUUGUACUGAAUAUUUUCAAUACUUGGAAGAAACAUGCCCUGCAACAGAGGAAAAUACUAUUAUGAUGCCAUCAGGUCUUCAGUCAGAUGUUAUAGUUCCAAUAGUUAAUUUUUUAUACACAGGCAUGCUGGAAUUCCAUGUAUCCCUUUAUGAACGUCUUUUCAAGGCUGCUGAGAUGAUGAAUAUCACCAUUUUAACAAAGCUUUUGGCUGCUCAAAGAUCAGAAAAAGCUCUGAAGCCCAAACAUGAUCCUGUCCAACCAAAAAGGCAGCCAGCAGUACCACCUAUAAAACAAGAGCUUCCUAAUCCUUUGGCUGGUAGGAAAGUUCCUGUAUGGAAAAGAAAAACUCCACCAGCUGCAGCAGCAGCUGCAUCUCCAAUUGGUUCUUCACAGUCUACUUCACAUAUGUUUGAACAGAAAUGGAGCAAAGUUUCAGAUACAUUUGACAAUACACCCAAACCUACACGAUUUGAAUGGCCUGAAGAUGAUCUUCCCCCUAUAAAUUUUUUGGAUACUAGUUUUGAAGAUAUAUCAUACACUAGUAAACCAUUGCUUACCAAGGAGGAUGAAGACAAAAUCAAACCCACCUUUGAUGAUCUUAGAAACAAUGUUGAAUUACCAAAGAAAACUUCUUUAAAAAGUACUACAAAUGAAGAUGUAAACUUUAAAGACAUCGAGGAGUUUGCUAAGGAGCAAAAAAUUCGGAGUGCCAUGUUUGAAGAUCCUGAUGAUAUGAACAACGAUAGUGGUUUGAAAAGAAAAAUUGAACAGGUUUCUCCACCAACAAAAAAAAUUAAAUUCAACAACAAAAUAUCGGUAGAAACGGCAACAUCCAGCGAUAUAGACCAUACUAAAAUAGUUGCAGAGAUUUUAAAAAAAUAUCCAGAUCUUGUAAAGAAAAAUAAGAACAUCAAAUUGAAAAUAAUGCCAGGAAAUAAGGAAACAGGCGAUAAGAAGAUUGUAAAUGCUGUUAUAGAACCAAUUAAGCAGUCUCCACCUCAGCUUGAACAAGUAGCCAAGCCGGCUAAACCACUUCCCAGUAAACCUAUAAUAAAAAAGAAAACUAAAGUAGUACCUGACGACGAGGAUGAUGGGCCAUGGGUAUGUGUUAAAUGUGUUUCUGAACACGGUGAAGUUCCAGAGUUUGUAUUGUACUACCUUUAUCGUAAACACAUGACUGAUGUACACGAUGAAGUUUUCGACUCACGCUUGUGUAAAUAUUGUGGACGACAAUGCAAUAACCAUACCUUGAUGUUGUACCAUUUGUAUACGAAGCAUGCUCUAAGGCCACCAGCUACAUAUAAUUUCCCUAAAUGCAAUAAGUGUCCAUAUAUAGCGAUAUCUGCUGGAAAAUUAACUAAACAUAAAGAAUCACAUGGCCCCAAUGAAACCCAAUGUCAAGGUUGUCACUUAGCUUUUUUGAAUCACCAGUUUUUAACUGCUCAUGUUAGAAUAACGGGCCAUUACGGCAAACCGGGAAGAGUUACUUUCGAUUGCCACUUUUGUAUGAAGAAACUUCAAUCUGGCAUGACCCUUCUGAGUCAUAUUAAAAGGUCACACGGUACCGAAGCUGUGCGUGAUGGCAUUGUAUGUUUUGAAGAUAUUGAUAAUUUAGAAGAUCUUGAAGGUGAAGAAGAAUCUGUUGGGUAUAUUUCUUCCGAAGUAAUAGACUCAAAUGCCAUACAAAAGGAUAAGGUUAACAUAAUAUCUAAUGUAAAAGUUUCCCCCACUCAUUCAAUUCAAGAGAACAGGCAAGGGACACAACUAAUACCGCUAGAAGCCAGUUCGGAAGCCGAAGCGUUAAAUAAUGUUGCAUCGGGCAUUGCCACAAGUUUAGGUUUAGUUGAUAUAGUUGUUUUAGAUGAAAACGAGCAAUAUAUUUUGCAAGAUGGACAGAGUGAGCAAACUGAGUUUCUUAUUCCUAACUUAGCACACGAGCAGUCGUUCUCAGGACAAGUUAUUACAACUCAGAAUAGUUCGGUAAUACAACAAGGUAUGAUUCAGAGCAGUACAGGACAAAUCUCGUCAACCGAUGAGCUGGUCAUGGUGUUGGCUGACCAUGAUUAUCCCGAUGGACACGAAGGAGAAAGUUCUGAAAAUUCGAAUAUAGUAGUCUUGUACAGUCAUCCAGUAGAAGGCCAAGAAGGACAAUACAUUACGUCUCAGGGAAAUUUGAUGGUGAAUUCUCAAACUGGUAUGUUGGAGUUAAGAAAUAGUUCUAUUGCUACUACGACGGCUAGCCAGAUGAUUGUAACCAAUUCAGUGGAAACACCUAUUGAAUCUAUCGAAUUGAUACAAAGGGAGAUUGAGAAUCACGAAGGACUUAAACAGGAGCCAUAUUUUGAGGAAGAUAGAAAACCGGAAAUACACCAAGUUACUGAGACAGUAGUUACCAAGCUACAAAAUAUGCCUGACAUUCAAGCCGAAUCCGAGGAAUCUCAAAUAGAAGUACACCAAACGGAAGAGUCACUUACCACAAUACAACCUGAGGAACAGCACGUAGAACAAUCAGUUGAAGAUCUUCCAAAUAACCAAACAGAGGAAGUUCCAAAUGAUUUUCAUGAUGAGAAAGACAAUAGCGAAGAUAACGUCGAUAGUACUAUGAAUGUUGGAACUGAAGAACCAAUGGAUAUUGAUGAUAUUGAAAAUAAAACUACUGAAGGAGAAGUACAAGACGAAAGUUUUGUUCAGGAACACUCUGAAGAAGAGCCGACAUCUCAAGUAAAGUCUGAUAUUCAACUUUCAGCCGACUAUAAUGCGGGACUUGAAAAUCAAACAGUUGAAAAUACUACAGAACUCACACUUCAAACUGAAGAAGGCACUGAUAUUCCGCCAGAAAAGAUUCCGUCCGAAUUAGAAACUGAAAUCAACAGUACUAUUCAGACAGAACCAUUCGAAUUACAAGUAUCACCUGAGCAAACUACAGAUGAGCAGCAACCACCAGAUCAAACUGAAAAAAUUGAUGAACCGAUGGAAGUUGAUGGACCUGUUAAAGAAGCUGUAUGUGAGGAACCAGUAGAGGAACAACAAGCUGAGGCUAGUAUAGAAGAACCACCUCAACCUGUUGUUAAUGAACCAGAAAAUCAAAAUUUACCAGAAGAAGGCCAAGAAAAAGAUCGAGAGGAAUGUGAAGAUCGAGAGGAAUGUGAAGAUCGAGAAGAAUGUGAAACUGUUGAAAAUGUAAAUGAUAAAAUAAUUACACCUGCUGUAGAAGAACCUGUUGACAAAGUUGUACAAAGUAAAAGUGUACCACAAUUAGACAAAAGUAUUUUGGAUGAUUGGGAAGAUGAUACUGAUUCCCAACAGAGUGAAAAAAAUGUUACCGAAUCUGAAUCCCAGGACUCACAGAUGUCCAACGAGAAAGAUAAUCCAGCUCCUUCUGCUGUAGAAAAAGUUAACAAAUUAAUGGAUGAUUGGGACGAUGAUGAAGAAGAAGAGAAAAAAGAAUAAUGUUCAGUGAAGACGUUCGUGAUAAAUCUAAAGGUUCAGUAAUAAAUCAUUUAAGUGGAUAUCAGUUGAUGUUGGUUCGUUAACAAGAAGGAAGAAAGCAUUUAGAAAGAUGCUGUUUAAUGAAGAGUAAUGUUAAUGGAUACUCUAUAUUUCUAUUGUGUAUCUCCACCUUUAUUAUUUACAAUGUACAAUAGGCAAGAAAAAUAACUGUUGACGGUAGAGACACACAUUAAGAAUACUGUUUUAAAAUGCUUGUACAUACAACUAACGACAUUAAGAAAAAAUCAAAAAAUUAUCGAUAUAUACCUAUGGCUAUAUAUUUUUUUCUAAAGUGAAUUUAUUCAGAGUGGCCCAAAAGUCUGGAA